AUGCAUUUCGAAUCUCCCGGAUUCAAUUUGGAUCUAGAUUAAGAGCUUUAAGCUGAAUAACAUGAAGAUUUUGAGUAAUAAUAUUUAGGGUUUUGCUUGCGCACAACAAAGAGAGAAACAUCGAUUAACUGUCCAAAUUUAUAUAGCUAAACUUAGAGUAUCAAGAGUAUUGAAGCGUUUAAUGAUUUAAAUGGUCAGAAGAUGGAAAACAUUACUUUAAAAAGCAUCCAGUAGAAUACUCCAGAGACGAAUAGAACAUUGAUAAAUACUCCUACAAAUAAAUAGCAUUCAACUGGUUCAAGCAUGAUGGCUUUCUUUUUGAUAAAGCGAUUUUUGGAGAAACUGUAAAUAAAGAGAAGAAUAAUUGAGACAUUGAAUUUUACUCAUUUGAAUUUGAUUGGAGAUAAAGCUGCAGACAUUGUUGCAAUAUACAAAGUCGAUUCAAAGAGCAGGGUUUACUUUAAAAGCAAUGAAGAAGUUAUUGAAGAUGCAAUCGUCCAUCGAAGAGACAAGAAUGGAAACAAUGAAGCAAUACUACUAAAAUAUGAAAAAGCAGGCAAUCAAAAUAUUAUAAAAUUUUAUUGA